AUGGCACCUCACAAGCGUACACAGGCAGACUCCGAUGAGGACGAUGCGAGCAGUGGCAGUUCCAACGUGACUCCUAGUAAACGACGCCGUACCUCUAACGAUAGCAUCUCCAUCUCCGGUGGCAGCGACACAAGCGAAAGAAGCGAUCAGACCGACGCAAGAGGACGAGAAAAAUCCUACAUCCCCUGGCAAGCCCCCGAAGUCGACCAGGAAGACGAAGAUGCGCUAGAACAGCAGCAGACGCAGUAUAUACAUGAUAGAUACUACGGCGACGAACCGAAUAUACCCGCCGACCAUGGCAUUAUCGAGCGCGUAGAUUGUUUCAAUUUCAUGUGUCAUGAGCAUUUUUCCGUGGAUUUGGGACCUCUUAUUAAUUUCAUUGUUGGCAAAAACGGGAGUGGGAAGAGUGCGAUUUUGACUGCGCUUACUUUAUGUUUGGGUGCGAAAGCGUCUGUUACGAAUCGAGGGCAGAGUUUGAAGAGUUUCAUCAAGGAGGGGAAAGAGUCUGCGACUAUUAUCGUUCGCAUCAAAAAUCAAGGCGAUGGUGCUUACAUGCCUAACGAAUAUGGCAAAUCCAUCAUCGUGGAGCGUUCAUUCUCCAAGAGCGGAACGAGCGGUUUCAAAAUCAAGAGCGAGGCUGGCAAAAUCAUAUCAACGAAAAAGGGAGACCUCGAUGCUAUCACGGACUACUUCAAUCUACAAAUCGACAACCCCAUGAACGUUCUUUCGCAGGAUAUGGCUCGUCAAUUCUUGAGCUCUUCAAGCCCGGCUGAAAAGUACAAAUUCUUUGUCAAGGGUGUGCAGCUCGAACAGCUGGAUAACGACUAUCGCGUGAUUGAAGGAUAUAUAGACCAGAUGAAAGAAAGGCUGGAGGUCCAGAGAGAGGAUUUGAAAAUACUUCGAACGACCAAGGAAAAGGCGCAGCGCAGAUUAGAGCUUUCUGAUCAGCGAAAUACCCUCAGGCAACGGAUUCGAAACCUUAGAGCACAAAUGGCUUGGGCACAAGUCGAGAACCAGGAGAGGAUUAGGGACCGAAUUCAGGAGGAGAUUGCGAGACUUGACGGCGAGAUAGCCUCUGCAGAGUCCGUGACUGCUACCUUUGACAAAAAAUAUGAAGACGCCGAGCGUGAACUUGAGACUGCGACUGAACUGCUGAACAAUACAAAGGAAGCAUUAACUAAAGCUCAAGAGGAGGGUCAGGUAUUGAAAGAUGAUAACGCGAAGGAAAUGGCCGAGCAUCAUGAUAUCAAAGCCGAACAACGCAGGAUCAACGAAUCGAUCAAGAGUCUCAAUUUAGCGAUAGAGAGUCUCAAACAGGAUAUCGUCGAUGAGAAUAAACGACUUGCGGAUAUUGCCGGUGGUGACAUUGCUCGCAGACAAGAAGAAAUCGCGCAGCGAAGAGCUGAAGCCGAUGAAGCCGAAGAGAAAUUGAAUCAACAUCAAGGAGGCUUCAAAAGUCUUCAGGAUGCAGUCAAUGAUGCCGAGCAAAACGCCAAACAGGCCGCUAUACCCAUUCAGAGGCAAAAAAAAGAGAUUGACCAGGCGGAAACAAUGCUUAAAUCACUGUCUCGAGACCGCGGGCAGGCUCUUUCGGGGUUUUCUGAAAAAAUGCCGCAGCUUUUGAGUGCCAUUGCUCAUGAGAAGUCGUUUAAUCAGCGUCCAGUCGGGCCAGUGGGUAAUCAUGUCAGACUUAAAAAACCAGAGUGGUCUGCAGUUAUCGAGCAGUCCUUGAACAACACGCUCAACAGUUUCAUUGUCACAUCGAAAAAAGAUAUGAAUAUACUCAUGCAAAUUAUGCAAAGAGUCAACUGUGUUAUGCCUAUUCUGAUUGGAAGCAACGGUAACAUUGAUACAUCAGCAAACGAGCCUGAUAAGCGGUUUGAUACUAUAUUAAGCGUGCUAGAGAUUGACGAAGAUAUCGUUCGUCGGCAAUUGAUUAUCAACCAUGCCAUUGAGCAGAUAGUGUUGAUCGAGAACGUGGAAGAGGCGUCCAAAAUUCUUUUCGAGGGAGGCCGCGUGAGGAACGUCAGACGUUGCUUGUGUAUUGACGCAAGAGACCGACGACGAGGUGUGACUCUAUCAUAUGGUCGUACGGGCGAACCUAGUCAAGCUCCUAUCGCUCCUUAUGUCGGGCGGCCGCGUAUGAAAUCGGACAUUGACUCUCAAAUCAGAUUCCAACAAGACCACAUUCAAGCGCUCAAAAGCGAGUUGAACGAACUCCAAUCAAAACUUACAGCAUCCCAAGCCGAAUUGCAACGACACAAGGCGGCACUGACAGAGCACAAAAGAAAGGAGAAUGAGCUGAGAAUUGAACAACAACGGCUGUCAGAUGCAGCCGAUGCUCUUGAAGACGCCCUUGAAAAAGACCGGGUGGUUGACGGAAAAUUGGAGACGCUACAAAAGACUCUCAAAGAGAGAGAGGAAGAGCUUAAGCUGGCCGUCAAUUCGCAGGACGAUGCCAAGGCUGCGAUUGACACCAAUAGAGAGAAAAUGCUGAGGCAAAGAAAGGCAAUUUCCGCAAAGGAGGCUGAGAUUAAACCCCUCGAAGGAAAUGUACGCAUUGCCGAAAGUGAACGCCUCAAAGUCGACGAACACAGACGAGCUGUUUUGAAUGAGAAAAACCAAGCAUAUGAACGCGUCAAAGAUCUGCAACAGGAACUCGAGGCGAGAAUAGGGAACAGAGACGAGAUGAAUACUCGUGUCGCCAAUUACAUCGAGCAGGCCAGCAUUGUCUCUCCUCGGGUUCCAGUCGAUGAAGGGGAGACCGCUGAUAGUCUUGAUAAGAAGUUAGAUAAACUCUCUAGAGACUUGGAUCGUUAUGAUCAACAAAUGGGCGCUACACGAGAGGAGAUAGCGGUAGAAUUGCUCAAGGCAAGCAAAGCUGUCAAGGCCGCUGAAGUAAUGUUUCAGAGCACGGAAAGGCUCGAAAAGGAACUCAAACGAUCGAUCAACUACCGGCGUGAGCGAUGGAAGGUCUUUAGAGCUCAUAUCUCGUCUCGAGCUAAGGCUCAAUUCACAUAUUUACUCAGUGAACGAAGCUUCCGCGGUCGACUUCUCAUGGAUCAUGAGUCUAAGCUGUUAGACCUUCAGGUCGAACCCGAUAUUACCAGGAAUAACACAGGAGGCCGUGGCACAAAGACGUUGUCCGGUGGUGAAAAAUCUUUCUCGCAGAUUUGUUUGUUGUUAUCACUCUGGGAAGCUAUGGGAUCGCCUAUCCGCUGCCUUGACGAGUUCGAUGUCUAUAUGGAUCACAUCAACCGGAAAUCAUCUAUAGAUAUGCUGAUGCUGGCUGCAAGAAGAUCGAUUGGUCGUCAGUUUAUUCUCAUCACUCCUGGGUCACGAUCUGAUAUAAGUCUUGCUCCAGACGUUCGAGUCAAAGAACUGGCGGAGCCGGAGAGAGGGCAGAGCACGUUGACAUUUCGUGCGUCUUGA